CCCGCCCCCGUCGCUAGGGGGCGUUCCCCUCCCGUCACGCGCCAGGUCGCUCAGUCGAGCCACGCUCCCGCAUCGCUCCGCCGUGUCCCGGCGCUGCGCUCGGCGCUCGGUUGCUCGGGCCUGCGGGAGAGGCGUGAGGGCGAUGCUCGGGGCCGCGGCCGCCUGAGGGCCGGCUCCGCUCGGGUCCCGGCGCGGUGGUGCCGGUGCGGCCGCCAUGGGGCUGGGCUCCAGCUCCGAGGGCCCCGGCGGCGGCGCCGAGGGCUUCCACGUGCACGGGGUUCAGGAGAACUCCCCAGCCCAACAAGGAGGACUGGAGCCUUUCUUUGAUUUCAUCAUUGCCAUAGGACACACGAGGCUUAACAAGGAAAACAAUAUGUUGAAAGACCUGCUGAAGGCAAAUGCUGAGAAAGCAGUGAAGCUGGAGGUGUACAACAUCAAAACAAUGAAAAUCCGAGAGGUGGAGGUGAUCCCCAGUAACAUGUGGGGAGGACAAGGCCUCCUUGGAGCCAGCGUGAGGUUCUGCAGCUUCCAGGGAGCCAAUGAGCACGUCUGGCACGUUCUGGACGUGGAGCCUUCCUCUCCUGCGGCUCUGGCUGGGCUGCAGCCGUACACUGACUACGUUGUGGGAUCUGAUCAGAUUCUGCAGGAGUCAGAGGAUUUCUUUUCCCUGAUUGAAUCCCACGAGGGGAAGCCGCUGAAGCUGAUGGUUUAUAACACUGAGGCAGAUUCCAUCCGAGAGGUAGUUGUGACUCCCAAUGGAGCUUGGGGUGGAGAAGGAAGUUUAGGAUGUGGUAUUGGAUAUGGUUAUUUGCACAGAAUUCCAACACAGUCCAUGACAUCAAAGAAAAAGCCAGAAAACAAAUCACCUUCACCCUCACCAGAGGCUGGAACUCCUCUGCCAUCCACUAAUGGUUACACAGAGACUCCAUUGUUGGCACCUACAUCUCAGAAUGACAGCUCUGAAACAGUUAUGAACUUGGAUCAUUCCACAGAGCAGGAAAUGAGUGGUUACUCACCAGAAAGUUCCCUUUCUCCUCCUCCCCCUCUCCAGAGAGUUAUGGAUCCAGGAUUUCUGGAUAUGUCUGGAAUUUCAGUUUCUGAGUUCACAAGCUUAACAGAAACGUCCAGCCUGCCCCCAUCUGCCUCCUUCAACGUGCCAGCAGCAGGGGCUUCUGUAGGCUCUGAAACAAUGCCAAAUAGUGAAGCCUCUGCUUAUUUUGAAAAUGCCUCAGCUUUGGACCCUGACGGUUUAACCCCGUAUCAUGAAGGAUCAGGCAAGCAGCCCACACUGGAUGACCUCCUGCCUUCAAUUCCAUCUUUACCUUCUCUUGAUCUUCCUCAUGACAUUUCUUCAAAACCAACACUAGGAACUGAUGCUGAUAACCAGGAGUCCAAGCUGCUUGUGAACAGCAUUGAGAGCUCAUUAACCACUGCUCCAGAGACACCAGAGCACAAAGCAGCAAGUGAGCAGAAAGGAGAAGCAGCUGCACAAGAUCCUGAGUGAAAUGGACCCUGCUGCUGUUUACAGACUGCUGAAUGCUGCAGUGCUACAGCUUGGAAUAUUUUUCUGAUCUUGAAAGAAUUACAGUUACUCUAUUUUGUUAGUGUAGACAAUACUAGAAAAGAAAUCACAUGAAGUACAUAUCCUGUUGUCUUUUCCAAUCACUGUUUAAUGGAUUGAUCUAUGCUCAGAAUUUGAAUGCUGUCCAAAAUCACCCAAUCAAUAGAGAAAUUGAUGCAGAAACAAGUUGGACACUGGCAGAAAGUCAAGUUCUGGAAUUCACAUUUGCCUAGAAGUGCUCCUGAAUGUAUUUACAAAGGCACUGUGCCUGAACAGUGAGACUUAGUGAUGACUUUUAUCAAUAUGUUUGAUGGCAUUAAAAAAAUAUUUAUAGUUUUAAAUUGUUAGAAAGCUUUUCUAAUGGUACAUCUUGGUUAGACUGUUCUUGUGACUUGCAAGGCAUUUCUUACACUAAGAUACUUUUACUUACUGCUCUAGUACUCUUACUAGACUCUUAUUUUUCUUGGUUUAAUUCCCUUCUCUGCAACAGUCCUUUAUGUACAUUCUUUAUCCCUACUUGGGCAGGAGAGAAAUACAAUGGGGUUUGAAAUUGCAGCCUCAGAUGGGACAAAGCCAUGGUGGUGGGUCCUGUCAUUCACUUCUGCUCUUGAGUGGACCAGGUGCUGGCCUUGCAGUUAAAUAAACAGUGAGGGGGGAGGGAACGAUGGUGGUUACUUGAAAUAAACUGAAGAUGAAUUUAAAGUAGGGGUGAUGAAUCUUUUUGGUGAAGAUUGAAUGUCUUGGCUCAUGUAGAGACCAAGAAAUAGCUUGCCUUCACUUGUGCUUUUCUAUUUACUCAUUACUAUUUUUAUACAAAUUAAGUAUAAAACAGGGCUUUUGUGCAGCACCAGCAAUUAGUUUUUGUAGCUUUUUUUUUUGCUUGCAUUUGUCUCCAAAUCACUUCUGAAUGUAAUGGAAAGCAUGAUAAACAACGGAAGACAUGGAUGGUUUUAUAAUCCUCAGGGCAGUGAUUUAUCAUGGAAUUUCAAAGCUGCUGAUAGGCAGUAAUAGAGAUACUGCAGUGCAAACCCUUGGUAAAUGAAGAGAAUGGGGUACAAGGUUAUAAACUAAAGUACAAUUAGCACAAUAUUGCCUGAUUUCCUUUGCCCUGGCUCCUGCUCUGUUUCUGCACUAAGUGACAGCUGACUGGGCUGAAAUCUGGUACUGAUGCAGUGGGGGACUCAGGGUCCCACAGGUUUGCCUGUGAAGCUCAGCUUCAGCCAAAGGGUGCAGGCAAAGUCACAGCACAUGAGGGCUUCAGAGUCCACCCUGGCAAAGAAAUCUGUCCUUGAUCUGUUGUUAGUCUGAAAUACUGCAAGUACAGUAGUUCUGAAGAGGAUUGUCAAAGCACCUGUUGCUUUAAAGAAUGUAUUGAACUCUAACUAAAGGCAGUAGAAUUGACAGUGGAUUCUAGUCUGCUAAAGGGUCUGUUAAUUGUGGGCCUGUUUUAUUUCCUAUGUUGCUGAAAUCAAUUUCCUAUUUUGUUCCCCCAGCUGACUGUUACAAGGGAGAACAGCCAAACACUAAAACUAAAUGUAAUUUAAACUAUUCCUAGGUUUGUUAGGUCUUGGAGCCUGAUGCCUGAAGACACCUAGGUAGUGUUUUAUUCAUGUUGUUUAUUUAAGACUGUUUCUAGUCCUUUACCUUUCUCAAAAAUGGCCAUGAGAGGGUAAUUUAAGUGACUCUGUACCACAAACACCUUUUAGAAAUCUUAAGAGCAGGGAAUGUCAAAACUCAUGUUAGAUUUCAAAUGUCACCAUAAUAAAUGGGUUAAAUUUA